ACUUAAUUGUUUGCCGGGAACGGGCACAACAGAGGCGACAAGACGUCCGCGCCAGUGUGUUGUGCGACCGCCUGCGAGACAGUCGCUCCCUAGUGGUUAUUUCAAAUAAAUAAUUACAAUAUAUUUUUAUUUUCAUAAUAAAAAUAUUCAGUGUUUGUUUCACGAGCAAUCACCAAAAAACAUAAACAAUGACUUUCGUAUUCGACAAGUGCUGCUUCUGCAUAGAGCUGAGGACAGGAUGCCUGAUCAUCGGGUACCUAAACCUGAUCGGUAACAUAAUAGCGAUAUUGAUGUCGAUCAUCGGCCUGGCAGCGGCUGGAGUGGUGACAGCCGAGGGAGACAAGGAGGAUGGCACACAGGCUGUGGGUGCCGUCGCGCUGGCCGUCAUCGGCAUCCUGCUGAUCUUCUUUAUCCUGUUCCUCACAUUCUCCAUUGUCCUCCUUGUUGGUCUGCACAAGCACAAGCGCGGUCACAUAAAGGCGUACCUGAUCUACACCGUGAUCUUCCUGGUGCUGUACGUCAUCAUGUUCUUCGCUGGUUUCGCUGCCUCACACAUCAACGGUGGCGUUGUCGCCAGGGAUCUGAUCUCAAUUCUUCUGAGCAUUUACUUCUUAUUGGUAAUCAGAAGCUACUACUUGAAGAUGGACGACCCCUCCAACAAACCUGCAGUUUACAACACAGCUUAAGUUAAAUAUUAUAUUAAAUAUUUUAACAAUCAAAAUUAACAUAAAGCCACAUGUUAAAAACUUGAAUAAAUAUUUCUGAAUAACUAUUUUGCAUUUAGAAAAAUAAAUGACCAUUUUAUGUCAUAAAAUAGUCGUUUGGAUAAAUUUUUAUUGAAUAAAUAUUUACAAAAUUGAUUACACAAGAAUGUGCCUUAGAGCAUUUGCAUAAAUGUUAUUGUGGCCUGAUAUAUAAAUGUUUGAUAAUUAUGUAAUAUUUCUUAAUGUUGUCAGUCUUCGGUUAGCUUUCAACCAAUUAUUUAAAGUGCUUGAAUAUAAUUAUUUGAUAAUUUUUUUGGCUGUAUGAUUCUCUAAAUACUGCGCAUGACAUGUGUUGGUGUAAAAACAUUGUUAUAAUAUUAAGUCGUUUAAAUUUCUUAUAAUUAGUUGUAAGAUUUUGAGUUAUUUUUUAGUUUUUAGUUACGGUUACGUUUUUGGAUGAAAUAGCCGAUUUUUGAAUAAACAUUUACGAACGUUAACGUUGAACGUUAUUGUUUAAUAUUACAUAGUUACGAAAAUGCAAUUUUUUUAUGUAACUUUUUCAUAACAUUGUUCAAUAACAUAAUUUCAACCGCCUUUUGUUAUAUUUUUCUUUGUUAAUUAGCUAGAAAAGACACCACUAACUAAGUUUUACAAAAAUAAACCCAAUGUGAGAAGAAAUAAAAUAUAAAACAGGUUGUACUGGUUUUGUAUUCAUUUAAAUAAAAAUACAGAAGAAAUAUUUUUCUACUUUUAUAUAAAAUAAUUAGCAGAUUAACAAAAUUGAAUAAUUUAAUUAAAUUUAAUAACCACCGAUAUGCCUAGUUGUUGAGUUUGAAAAGUUUUUGUCACAAAUACAUAUUUUACUUUUAAACGAUAGCCGUUUUCUUAUAAAACAAUGCAAAAUAAUAAACUGAAUAGGUACUUUGGUUUCUAGAAUACCUAAUUCAUUUUCAUUAAGUUACUUGUGUUAGAAUUUUUUAUUUUAUUUUGUGUAUUAUCAUUAGUUUUCUCACCUCGUUUUGGCAAAAAUGCUAUAGGAUGGUAAGAAUACUUAUGAAAACAUUUUACUGUAUACUAAAGUGCCAUGAAACAAAUAUAAUUAAAACAUUUAUUACAGAGGAAACCUCAUGUUGCAUUUACCUCACUAGGUAAUAGAAUAAGUGUUUUAUAUAAAAAAAUAUAUAUAUGUAUAAUUUACGAAACGUUACGUACUGUUUCAGGAAUCUCUUUUCUGAUGUACUUUAAUGUGCUAUUUGUUGGUAAAUAUACACAUAAAUAUGUAUAAGUCAUUCGCAUUUUGUCUGCUUGGAUGUUUAAUUAGACUUGUUAAGUGAUUUAUAUAUCGGAUAUUAAACACUUUCAAUAAU